AUGGCUGAAAAUGGGUCACAUGAACAAGUUGACCAAGUUUCCCUGACAUUUUUGGUGGACAAAGAGAAAAGCAGAGUCCUGUUUGCUGAGGCAGGGAAUGAUUUCGUUGAUGCUCUCUUCAGCUUCUUUACCCUGCCUUUAGGAACUAUUGCUAGGCUUGUAGCUGAAGAGUCAAACAUCGAAGCAGUGAGAUUUGGCAGCAUUAGCUCACUUUAUCAAAGUUUGAAAGAUCUUGAUCAACAAUAUCUAUGGUCACAUACCUGCAAGAAAAUACUACUUAACCCUGGGAAUUUCAUGGAAGAAUACUGGCAGAGUAUGAAAUUGAACAUUGCCGAUACUGUUCCCAAGAUAUCCUACUUCUUCUGUGAGAACAAGGCUUGCAAAAUUGAAAAUAGGUCUUGUGUGAGUUUCAUAAAAAAUCAAAAGUGUAUAUGCGGAAAACUAUUAAAACAGGAAACAGCACGGAUUUUGUAUCAACUAAAUUCCUUUGUCAAGGUAACUUCCACUUUUAUUAUUUUUGAUGAUCUUAAUAUGAUGCCAAAUGUUGUUGGAACAAGUUUAAAUCUACUUCAGAAGCUAGGUGUCAAUGACGUUGGCACUAUUGAUAAACAAACCUUCAAUGUCAGCAAGAAAGAGGUUCUUGAUAUUUUCAAGUUGUCCUUGAUAUCCAAAACUCCUUUGACGGAAUUUAUCUUCAAAAGGGAACAGUUUGUUGGUGGUUUAGACCCAAGAAAUCAAUUGGAGUUUUGGAUUGGAGAUGUCAUGGAACCAUUUGAUGAAAUGGUUGUGAAAGUAGUGAGAAGAAAAUCAAAUGGUCAAAUUAUGUAUGUUGAAGCAGAGGAAGAUUUUGCUGACUUUAUAUUUAGCUUUUUGAUCAUUCCUUUGGGAAGAGUGUUGCAUAUGCUCAAAGGAUUCUCGUUUUUAAGCUGCAUUGAUUCUUUAUAUAAGAGCAUGACUGAGUUGUCUUCAGACAAAGGUUUUAGGUCAAGUGUGGUAAAGGAUAAACUAAUUAAGCCUACUAUUCAAUGGGAAAUUCAACUCAGGCAUCAGAUAUUACCGAUACAUGACCAUAAUCUGGAUAGGACUAAUGAACGAGUAAAUUUUGUGGACUAUAAAUCCCCUAUUGCUGGAGGAUAUGUUAAAAGUCCAUUAACAAUCAUGGUGACUGAUGAUUUGGUUGUGUCACCAAUGUCAACAAUUUCUGGUGUUUCAUAUUUAGAAAAAUUGAAGGUGCCCUUCAAUGAUGUGGAAGAAAGAACUGUCAGGAUCUGCAGGAAGGAGGGUCUCAGCAUACUAAAAGCUUCAUUGACCACAACUUCUGCUUUGACAAAUGGUCUAAACCUUUACAUAAUUGAGCAAUUGAUGAAUGAACAAAGGGCACUGUCUAUCCAUAAAGAGUAG